GGUUCGUGAUCGUCGACAGAUGGACAGUGACAGCGACUUCGAAGAAGAAACAACUGUCCUGGAUGAGGUCCAGUUGGAUGUGUCAUUGGAUGUUCCACAGCUGCCAGUCCUUGAUGUCCAGAAUGCUGCUAUCAUCCUUGAGGAUGUGCCAGAUGUGCAGACCAUCUUUGAGGAGGCCACUGGCAAUUGGCAGUUGAUUCUGAUUAGGUUCAGCCCCCUGUACUGUGGGCCUGUUGUGAUCAAGCAGGUGGUGGUGAGGAUGCACCACUCCAGAGGGCAUCCCUACUGUGCCACCAAAGUGCAGUCCAUCACUUGGAUCCAGCGUGUGGCUGGCAGGGUGACCCACUAUGCGUCUCACCUCCGCCACGAGACGUCUGUGGACGUGACGCUUGGCUGCUACCAGCAGACUGAUGUCUCAGUGGUGUACACCACUCUCCACAUGGGGCUGGACGGGCUUCUCUCCUCUUCAGCGUGGUCGGAGGCUGCCUCCUUCUCUACGCCCACCACUCAGCACUUCACUGACCCAGAGCCUGAGGGCCACAACUGCUAUGAGGGCUGGGAGGAGGACCUGCUUCCUGAGGAGAGGGAGGUUCCUCUGCUAAACCUCUACCUUACCACCAAGAGAGUGGAGGACAUCGCCCUGAGGCUCGUCUCCCUGCGCCAGGCCUUCACUACCCUGCUUGGUUCCACCGUGAGCAGGAACCAUCUCUUUGUGGCGGGAAAGGUCCUCCUGGGCGCACUGGUUCAGGCCAACCACAUGGACGAGGCCAAGUUCAUAAGUACCUACAACGACUUUGUGGACUACCUGAGUGACCCCUCCAAGUGGAAUGACAUUGAGAGGAGCUGGCUGAGGCAAAGAUCCAUCAUGUGAACAUGAUAGAUGUCCUCUUUGAGCUGGUGCUGUUUGGGAUGAUGACAGCUCAGAAGUCCCUGAUGGUGCAUCCUGGUGGGUUCGUGGAGCGUCUGUACGCUCUCCUGUACUCCUUCCUGCCCACUGCUGCCAACAUGGAGCCAGAGGCUGACAGAUACCUGCUGCAGCUCAGUGAUUUUUGUGACACUUUGCCACCCAACAGGGAUCUAGACACCAAUGCACUACAUUACUUUGCACUGAUUUUUACAUUUUUAAAUAAAAUAAGUUGUAGUUCAAAAACA